CUCACUGUGGCCUCAGUGUACCGAUCAAGCUCUAAAAAUAUCGUUAGGACACUCGCCCGCACGUAUGAAAAUGUUCUAUCAACAAGUACCUUCUGGAUAACGAAAAUCAAAUCAGAGUUGCCUCAGACAAGGUAGUUGUCCCAAGUCUUCAGUCAGAAAGCUCCAGAAGACACGCUAUCUUUACUGUGAAUGAACUGUGGUAUUAUUUUAUAAGCCGAACCGAAGCUCUCCAAAAACGGAUAUCUAACGUGAUAGCCAAGGACCUCAUCAGGAAGAUGAUGGAUAACAUGGGAGAUUUUCGGCGGGUGAUUUUGUCGGAAGUAAAUAAAAUGGGUGAUUCAGACAAACGUGAAAUCUGGCGGGAAAACGAGAUGAAAGAAUUAUCAGAUUUGGUGCAGAAAAGAAUUCAUGUUCUACAGAAUCCACAGACGUGCAAGAUGAAGCAAACACUGAUUUGCAAUCUAACUAAUCCCUCUGGUUUUGCUUCUGGUAUUCAUGAUGUCCUCUGGUGUUUUGUGAAGGCCUAUCACACAAAUCGAACUCUGGUUCUUAUUUCCAAACAUUGGCACUAUGCUCCUGACCAGUGGAAUUCUGUAUUCCAUCCUCUAAGCCCCGUGUGUGACGAGCUUAAGAAAACAAAAAAGAAAAGUUAUCUUCCCGGAGAAAAUGAUUCCAACUUUAGAAGUCUGAUGGGAGCUCUACCAACUGAUAUUGCUUUUCGUUUAAUGCUAGCACACGGCAAACCACUAGCUUGGUGGUAUGGCCAGUUUCUAAAGUACAUUCUUCGACCGCAAGAGGGACUUUUGAAAAAUGUACAGACGGUCAGAAUGUCAAGUUAUGAACACCCGAUUGUUGGGAUUCACGUGCGACGCACGGAUAAGAUAGGAAAUGAGGCAAGUUUUCACCCAAUAGAGGAGUACAUGUUGCAUGUUGAUGACUUUUAUAGACGUUUGGCGCUUGUGAAAAACGUGAACGUUCGUCGAGUGUUUGUUGCAACGGAUGAUCCUAAAGUACUGAUCGAGUGCAAAAAGAAAUAUCCCAAUUACGUAUUCGUGUUCAACUCAGAAGCUACGGCCACCGCUAAUAACGAAAAAACUCGAUAUAGUAAUUCUUCUCUAGUAGGAGUAGUAACGGAUGUGUUUCUUCUGGCUCAUUCGGACUUCCUUGUCUGUACUCUCUCCUCAGGGCUCUGUCGAGUGGCAUACGAACUGAUGCAGACACUUCACCCAGACGCCUCAGCCAUGAUCCGGUCACUGGACGUGGACCACCACUAUGCUUGGGUUUUACCCCCAGCUCGUGUAGCAGUCUACAAGCACGUCGCACAUUCUAAAAAAGAAAUGGCUCUUGAAGCUGGAGAUACGAUUUACAAGAAGAAUGCAUAUGAUGUUCUUGAUGAAGCCCUUCACAAAAGAUCGUGGGAUGGUUAUUCUAUCGGAACUAAUUCUAGAACAAAACUUUCUGCAGCCUUCCUCACUUACAAAACUAUACAACAGUACCCUUCGGUUAUUGAUUUUCCUAAAUAUCCUGAUUAUAACGUUUCACUUCCACCUUUUGACUUUGAUAACUUAGCUAGUUCGUGAUAAUUUAAAAUUAUUUUAAAACUUCUCACAAUAUACAUCUCUGUAUAAACGUUUUAAUUUGUAGCCCGAUUUUGUGUUUAACCCUAGCUGAAUUCAGUUUUCUAACUUACAAUGUGUUAUUGAUACACCGAGUAUAUAUAUAUAUAGCAAGCACUAUAAGUACAGUUGUGGUAUAUUUGUGCCUAAAAAUGCCUUCCGAAAAAUUAAAAAUAAACAAGCGUAAUGAUUAUGGAAAAAAAUAUUUCAAAAAUCAAAGAAAUGCAUACACUGUUCACAAUAUUUAUAUUUUGUAACAAGAGUUCUGCACCUAAUGAGAUGAGGUUAUCCAGUGCUAUUGCCAACUGAUGCCUUUUCAGGGAGGUACAGAUGAGCCUCACUCACCUCUGCAGAUACCGCCAGGCCUUUUUGAUGUCUUCCUGUAUAGUUAGAACACUGACAGACAUUUGCGUUGACUACCCUUGUCCUGACCUCUUACUCGUUUAUUCUGCAAAUAUCUAAAACAGGCUUCACUCCAGUUGGCUGUUCAGGCUUGGUAGUUGUGUAUAUUUCUCCAUCUUACUAAGAUCAAGUCUUGUUGGAAACUUCCUUGGAGAGUUCUUUGGCAACUUAAAUGUGGUUGAUGACAACAUCUGGCAAGAGUGGCUCCAUGAAAUUAUGGGUUCCAUUUUGGCAAGAGAAAAUGUUGUUCCUUCAGUCGCUCCUUUCCAAACUUCACGGGGUUACAGAUGAGUGACAACGGGUCAAUUAUUAACUUCUCCACUUGGCUCAAGUUUAAACUUUUUCUUUGUAUAACAUGUAUGAUAGCUUGAUUACAUGUAACUGUACACAUCUUUCAUGUGAUACUAAUUUGUCCUGCGCCAUUAUAUAGUUCAUUCUUUUACGUUGACAGUGAUACUAAUAGUGGAAUUUGGCUCUUAGGACCUGCUCAUGAAUGACAGAUGGUCUUUGCAGCUCUCAUUAUCUUAGCUGGGAACUUUUUCGAGGAUGAUGUUAAAUGAAUGUUGAAUGUGUUCUCUUCCAUUGGAAUGUCCUCCAACAUCAAGACAUUUGGAGGACAUUCCAUUUAACUGAUCCAACAAUAACAAGAGGUGAGACAACAAGAAUAAGGUACAAUUCAUUAGGCAAGUCCAAAAUGUCAGUGGGAUUGCUGAUGGGUUCUCAUUGAAAAUCUAUGGUUUCAGCGCUCUUUGUAUCAGCAUUAUUUUCUCAAGCUACAAAUCCCUAUUUUGACACCACUAAAAUUGAUAACUACUGUAAACAUGGAGUCAAAAUAAGGAUUAGCUUCAGAAAAUAAUGUAACCUAAAAUGUAGACAUGGAGUCAAGAUAGAGAUUUGUAGCUUGACAAAAUAAUGUAGACACUAUUUUCAGACAAAUUCGUGUACUUUCUUUAAAGUUCCUAGUUGUAGGCUUGAAAAUACAAUCUGUACAUUUUAAUUCAACUUGUUUCUUUCACAACCUCUAUUCACCUUUUAAAUUAACAAAAACAUCG